UUAAGUGCAUUAUGAAGGGAUUUUCUAAUGACCACUAUGAACAGGAGGAAUGAUUAUUUCUAAAAUGCUUUUUAGAAACGGGCCCUAGAGGUUUGUAAGCCUACUGCACACUUUUUUGCACAUGAAACUGUCAAUGCGCACAUCUAAUUAUGAUAAAGGACAACACGUUAUUUCUUAUUCGCUAUUGGUCAACUGCGAAAUCACUGGUGCAGUAAGAAGGUUUCUGAUUGGCCACCAGCCCUAAGCUGCUCUUUCAUUGGUAAUCGCUGACGCGGGCUCUUAAAACUGUACCUACAGUCAACAUUAGCUAGCUAACCACCGCACAGUGCACUGUCUACUAUGUCUUGAGUAAUAAUACAGCAGUCAGCAUGUCUACAGCUGAUACGUCCCGAGUGCUGGACAUCCUCCGUUCACUGUAUCGGCACAUACAGACACUGGAGGAGUUUGCGGACAGCAUCGUGUUCAGAGAGGGACAGAAAGCAAUUCUUAUUCAACAGUCAGACACAAACCGCUUCAAAUCCUUCGUCCGGGGCGUUUUUGUUUGCUGUGACAAAGAGCUACAGCAAGUGCCAAGCUGUAACCAGAUCUGCACUUUGCCUGAACUGCUGGCCUUUGUUCUUAAUAGUCUGAAAAGAAAGAGAAAAAGAAACGUCUUGGCACACGGCUACAAUCUUUUGUCCCUGGCUCAGGAGGAGCGGGAUGCAGACCAUUUCAAAUUCCAAGGAGAUGUAACUCAAAGUGCCGCCUACAUCCAUGGCAGUGAUCUGUGGAAGAAAGUCACAAUACGUCUUGGCACAGACAUCACACGGUACCUGUUGGAGAGCUGUUCCGUGUUUGUCACAGUUCCUCCUUCAUGUGUUUUCCAGGUGUGCGGCAUUCCUGUCUAUGAUAGGGUGUCCAUGACUGCUGCCUCCUCUGGGUUUUAUCUCCAGUCUCGAUACAGGACACAUAAUAAUUCUCAGCUUGGAAGGUAUCGAGGUGUAGUGACCCUGAAAAGGAAACGGAACGCUGGGAAUCCUACCAUUAGCAAGAAGAGGAAAAGAAGGGAUGAUAGAGUGCAGCGGGGUAAAAGGAAGAGAGAAACUGAUCAGAAGAAUGAGGAAGAGGUUAUGCUUUGUUCUAGAAAGAGGAGACGGGUAGGACAGCAUGAACCCACACAGGAAACCCAACAGCUUUGCUAUGAACCAGCAGAAGAAGGGCAGCCCAUGUUGGUGGAAAGAACAGAAUCUCUAAAGCCUCUGGAAAAUAGCAGUAAAGGUUCUAAACAGCCUGUUGAAACAACCACAGUUCCCUUGGAGGGAGGACCCAGUUGGAGAUCAGGCAUUUUCCCCCCUUUGCCUCCCUCACAAUGUUUUAUCCGCACACUGGGACUCCUGUAUGGGGGCAGGGGCAUGCGUGGCUUCCUUCUCAACAGGAAGAAGAAGAGUGCUGAGGGACCUAGAAGACUACAAGGGCAAGAUCUGGUAAGAAUAGUUUUCUUUGAGGGACUGGCAUAUCUCAACGGGCUUGAGAGAAAGCCGAAGAAACUCCCCCAGCGCUUUUUUAACAUGGUUCCCCUGUUUAGUCAGCUGCUGCGUCAACACAGGAGAUGUCCCUACAGCAAAAUACUGCAGAGGAUGUGCCCACUGGUGGAGGAGAGAGAUGGAGGACAGGUGGAAAUAAGCUCCCUUUUGCCCCAACACUGUGCACCUCACCGGGUCUACCUGUUUGUUAGGGAGUGCCUCUCCUCUGUGAUCCCACUGGAGCUGUGGGGCUCUGUCCACAACCGACUUAAUUUCUUUGCCAGGGUCAGGGGCUUCUUGCGUAGCAGCAAGUUUGAGAGGCUCUCUCUGGCUGAGCUGAUGUGGAAGAUGAAGGUGAAUGACUGUGACUGGUUGAAGAUCAGUAAGACAGGCCGGUUCCCACCCAGUGAGCUUGCAUAUCGGACACGGGUCCUGGGUCAACUCCUGGCUUGGCUUCUGGACGGUUAUGUUGUAGGCCUGGUCCGAGCCUGUUUCUAUGUCACUGAGAGUGUGGGACAGAAGAACGCCCUCAAGUUCUACAGACAGGAAGUCUGGGCCAAACUGCUGGAAUUAGCCUUCAGAGGUCACCUCUCUAAGGGCCAGAUGGAGGAGUUGACUCCAGCUCAGGUGGCGUCCCUCCCCAAAACCACUGUCAUCUCCCGCCUUCGCUUCAUUCCAAAGACGGAUGGCAUGAGGCCUAUCACACGAGUCGUUGGAGCAGAUGCCAAAACGAGGCUCUACGGAGGGCAUGUCCGGGACCUGCUGGAUAUGCUGCGGGCCUGUGUGCGAUCCACUCCAUCCCUCCUGGGCUCCACAGUGUGGGGGAUGACCGAUAUCCACAAGGUGUUGUCUUCUCUGGCGCCGACCCAGAAGGACAAGCCACAACCCCUCUACUUUGUUAAGGUGGACGUGAGUGGAGCCUAUGAGAGUCUGCCUCAUGAAAAACUCAUCGAGGUGAUUGGCCAUGCACUGUCACCUGUCCAGGAUGAGCUCUUUACCAUACGCCGCUAUGCCAAGAUCUGGGCAGAUUCCCACGAAGGCCUUAGAAAGUCCUUUGUUAGACAGGCAGAUUUCCUGGAAGAUAACAUGGGCUCCACUAACAUGAAAGGGUUUGUGAUGUCACUGCAGAAAAGGGGAGUUCAUCACGCCAUACUGGUAGAGCAGUAUUUCUGCUCAGAUCUUCACGGCAGAGAGGCAUUGCAGUUCUUCACCCAAAUGCUAACUGGCAGUGUUGUUCAGUUCGGGAAGAAAACAUAUCGUCAGUGUCGAGGGAUUCCUCAGGGAUCGGUUGUGUCCAGUCUGCUCUGCUGUCUCUGCUACGGUCACAUGGAGAAUGUCCUGUUCAAAGACAUUACUGAAAACAAAGGAUGUUUGAUGAGACUGGUGGAUGACUUCCUUCUGAUCACCCCAGACCUACACGAAGCACAAAGCUUUCUCAAGAUCUUGCUGGCUGGGGUGCCACAGUAUGGUUUGGUGGUCAACCCACAGAAGGUGGUGAUCAACUUUCAAGCGUCAGGAGGAAUGGACUCUUGUCCUGGUAUUCGCAUGCUGCCACCUCACUGCCUCUUCCCCUGGUGUGGCUUGCUGCUGGACACACACUCACUGGAUGUGUACAAAGAUUAUUCCAGCUAUGCAGGCCUGUCUCUGCGCUACAGCCUUACUUUGGGCUCUUUCCACUCACCUGGACAGCAAAUGAGGAGGAAACUAAUGGCUAUCCUCAGACUCAAGUGCCAUGCCCUGUUCUUGGACCUUAAGACCAAUUCUCUUGAGGCAGUCUACAAGAACAUCUACAAGCUGGUGCUGCUCCAUGCAUACAGAUUCCAUGUGUGCGCCCAGAGUUUGCCCUUUGGUCAGACCGUUGCUAAGAACCCUGUCUACUUCCUGCAGAUGAUAUGGGACAUGGCUGAGUAUGCCAAUGAGCUCAUCAGGCUCAGCAACAAAGGACUGAUGUUAGGCUCUAAGGCCCAGACAGGCAUUGUACAGUAUGAAGCAGUGGAGCUGCUUUUCUGUCUUUCCUUUCUGCUGGUAUUGUCACAACACCGUUCUCACUAUAAGGAUCUGCUCCCGCACCUGCACAAACGGAAGCGCAGUCUGGAGCGGUGUCUGGGGGAUUUGAGGCUGGCCAGGGUCAGACAGGCCACUAACCCCAGGACCCCUGUAGACUUCUUGGCCAUUCAGACCUAAACUACCAGUUUGACCCAGUUUAGGCUUCCAUCACAACCAAGAAACCCCCAGCAGCUGAACGGUUUCGAGGGAGUGAGACGAGCAGUGUGUUGAAACAGUGAUUUGUAUUUAUCUGAUCCUUAAUGUGUCAGAGCAAUCGUAAGUUAUCUAUCCUUAAGUGUUUGGAAAGCAGGUUGCAGAGACAGAGAAAAACAGUCCUUGGUCAUACGAUAUAAAACACUCAAGUGGUGAAUCUUUGUCAUAAACACAACCUAUCACCAGAUCAAUAAAGAUGAAUGAUUCCAAAUCAUCCAGCUUUAUUAGACCUCAUUUCAACAUAUAGCUGUUUGUCUCUCUGGACUUUGAUUUACACUUGUUAGUAAUUUUCCAGGAAUAAGGCAUGUUGUCACUUCGUAAAUAGUUUAUGUGUAAAUAAGUUCAAGUCAAGAUGAUUUGCCUUUAGGUUUGAUGUGCUUUCAGUUCUUUGUAUUACUUAAAAUCUUUUAGAAAGCUCUUAGAAAUCAGAGUUCUUCCUAUGAACAGUAGGAAGCUUAAGAUAUCAUGCAAUGAUGUUUUGUGACAUUUAAAGCGACUGUUCAGACUACACUUAUAUUCAAAUGUAGGGUUUUAUAAAUGCUGAAUUAAAAGACACUGUGUUUCAGUA